AUUAGUGGCUUUCCGGUUUCGAACACCUUAGCGAUUGCGCGUAAGCCAGUUUCUUCAUUGUGCCGCCAGAUUUAUAGCCAACCGGUUCGGCUGACCUGUGUUUGGUUGGUGCCGUCAAUGCUCUCUCCGAUAUCAUGUAGCAGGCUAGUGGCCAUAACAUUUCCUUGAGAGCGAACAACGUUCUCACACAUCUUUCAAAUUCGGAUGUUGUUCAGCGUCUUGUUUCUCUGCAGACCAGAAUUGCUUGACGACGCGCCUUGUGUGCCAACACUUGCAGAGGAUUAUUUUAGCUUGCGCUGGCAUAGCGCGCUCUAAACGUCCAACCUUUUUGAUACCUUUCUCGGCAGUACUCGGUUACUCGGGUUAGGCACGCGGGGGGAUCAGUCCGAAACCACCGACUACCGCCUGUAUGAAAGUUUUGGGAGUCUGGUGUCCAACAGCUGCAGCGUCAUAAAACGAAUCACUUGGUACGAAUGAUAACCGCCAAGUAUUUGAACUCAAGGAAAACUUUGCGUGCUCAGUUUUGCACACUCAACUUGACUGGUCGCAACUGAUGCGCAGUAUAAUACAGGGUUAAUGUUCACCACAUGGUGUCACCCCCUUUAUCCAUGCACACGGGCGCUUUUGCAUUUUGCUCCUGUACGGCCGAGAAUCGAACAUGCGACCAGAAUUUCGUUGCCUAGCUAGGCUAGUUGGCAAUCCCUGUUGAUCACUUACUUCGGAGCGCAAAAUGACACACACUACAAGAAAGAACGCCUUCCACUUUUUCAUACCAAAAUUUGUCAUCAUCAACAGCGGUGGUACUGUAGAGAACUGUGCAGUAUGGUGGUGUGGCUGGUAGUGCUGGGUGGGCAUGGCAUGCAUGCCAGCUGCCCGCACUGUGCCACAGGGCACUCCCUGGGCCCUCCGCCAUCGGCCAUUCUGGAGAUGCCACCCCCGCCACGCCUUCCAUCCUUCCCCAGCUGGGCCGGCCCCAUCUGUGGUGGCAACCACAGCCGCCACUGCCACCACCCUACCCAUCAGCAUACGAGCACAUUCAACGGCUCUGCGGAGUCCUCCGGCUGGUGGCUCAUGGGGCCUAGCUCAGGUGGCGAAGGAGACAAGGCCUGGCCCCUGGCUGUAGUUUUGGUGGCUGGCUCGGCCACAGUGCUCGGUUCUGUCGUGCUGCUGGUUCUGUCCAAGAAAAAGCGGUGGCAGCCAGGCCGCUCCUCUCCAGGCCAUCGUGCCGGCUUGCCUGCAGCUCUCCUGCCUUCCAAGGGCAUCCUGGUGGGGGCCUCCCUGCCGGCUGCAGGAGCCUACGACAACUCGGCUUUCGCGGAAAACGUCGCCAUCACGGGUGACGGCCCACCACGCGCGUCUCUGCUACGCCAGCUGCAACCGCCAUCUCUCGGAGGCUACCGGCAGCUAUCUCACCACCACGGGCCGCCUCAGUGAAUGAGUGUUGGUGGACUCAUAAUACCACACACUUGUUCACCGCAUUCUGGUGUUUCCGUAAUCGGCCACUUCUGAGGAAGUUGUGCUCUUGGAUUUACCUAAAUCAGAGCAUAAAUGAGGGCAAUGUGGAAAGGCACGUAACUUGUAACUACACCAGUAUUUGCUUCCUGUUUAGUGUCGCCUUGCAGAGAUCCUGCGCAAGAUCUUCAAUUCUCAUUUUACAUUGCGAUUUCAAAGAACAGCACCUCGGUAUUGUGGAAUAGCCUCCAUUGUUGGGCACCACUGAGCAUUGAUCAAGAGGACAAAAGUGCUCUUAUAUCCUUGCCACGGUGGCCGCAUUUCGAUAGGGGCGAAAUGUGAAAAACACCUGUGUACUUAGAUUUAGGUGCACAUUACAGAAUUCCAGCUGGCCCAAAUUUCUGGAGUUUCCCACUAUGGCAAUCCUCAUAAUCAGAUCAUUGUUUUGUCAUGUAAAACCCCAUAAUUGAAAAAAUUUCGGAAACGCUCUUGUAUGGCCAACGUAACAUUUAGCCACUCCUGACUGAGUAACAUCCAGUGGUUUCUAAUGCGGGAGGGUGCUUUGCGAGUCUGAAAGUGUCACACACAGCUGCCCACACUGCAGAGAAGUGGCCACUUGCGACUACACGAGGCCGUGUGCUUGCGCGUUCAGGUUAGGGUGCUAGCAUACAGUGUGCCAACGUGGAAAGAAACGCGAUCUGAGUUUAUAUUACACCAAGGAACAGCAGAUGUGGAGCAAAGUAAAUGCGGCUAAUGUCCAGAUUAACUGCAGCAAACUUUGGGUCAGUUGGUUUUGAAUGAGUAGUGCAUGCUAUAUUGCUGCAAUCUUGGCAAAACUCUAGGGCUGGUGAUUGUGUCAUUAAGCCUUUGAGGGUAGAAUUUUUUUCAAAAGAACUGUUCCUUCAUUGUAAAUGUUCUUAAUUGCAGUUUCUAGUAGUAGGGAAUGAUUAAUAAACAAGCUGAGCUGACUAAAGUGGGUCCACUAUACUUGAAGUCUGCUUUAGAAAUUAGGAAUACUUUCUGCCUGUUGCCAGAGAAGCCGAUAGUCUCACAUACGCUGGUACUCCAGGUACAUGGCUCAUCAGUUUGGUUUGUCAGGUUCAUUUAAUGGAUGGAUUGGUUAUCUACAUCAUUCGCCAGAGAAACAUGAAUGGUACAGGUAACCAAUCACAAGCAAGGCCUUAGAGUUCAUCAGCCUUUUUCUGUAGCCUUCGCCUUUUGAAGACAUUGCAGCACAUCUCCUAAGUGGUGUACUCAUUAAGAAAAAUGUCACUGUUGGCUCUGGACAAUUCAAGCUCACAUAAAUCUGAAUCCCUGUUAAAUUGGGUAAAUGUCCAAACUGUGGUGUACUCAGCAGGAAAAAUGGCACUGUUGGCUCGGGGCAAUUCAAGCUGACAUAAAUCGGAAUCCCCAUUAAAUUGGGUAAAUGUCCAAAAUUUUGCUUAGCCCACCACAUCUUCAAAGCACUCUGGGCCUAAAAUUUAAGGAGACUUAAUUAAUCAGGCUUUCUGGCUUCCCAGAGAAGAACAAUGCACUCCAGAAAUGGCUAUUAAAAAGGCUUUCACGAGACGAAGAUAAUUAAAACCUACUCAUGUUUUAUAUUGCUACCUGUUGCUGGGGUAGUUGGUUUAAGCUUUUAGUGAUGUUUAGGGCGCACACUACAAUGGCAAAAAAAUUGUCAGGCACAGAAAAAAAUGUCCUUUGUAGUUUACGUCCUAAACGUCAUUUAAAAAAAAGUUUAAUCUUCAUGCUUCUGUAGGUAUUGACAGGUGUCACUGUGAGGGGGCAGCACUGUCCUAAUCAGCGAGAGCAUGGCUGGAUUGUAUAUUUCUUCACUACGCAUUCUGACCACGUAUCUGUUAGAAUACUACUAAGUGUGUAUGAUAGCCCGUAAUUAUUCAGGCCACAUUUGGACAAGUUAAACUUUCUGUAAUUGCGACGUGUGGUGCCUAAAAGUAUUUACUUAAUUCCGCUUGACUGGCUGUAUCGCCUUUGGGCAGGGAUUGGCUAGCGUUUUGCAUGUCAAAAUCGGUGGCGAGAAACUGGCACAUUUGGCAAGCAUGAAAGUUUACUAGUAUUUUAAAGAAUUCCCUACCAUCUGAAACUUGUUUUAGCUUUUGGCAUUUAAGUGUAUCAGGAAAAACUUCAAGUGUAGUUUGUGGAUGGGACAGUUUUCCCGGGAAAGCUAAUUGCCAUAGACUCCUUUUUAUUUUCACCAAAAGUGAUGCUUCUAAAGUUUGUAAUUAGCCAAUGUUGGCCGGAAUAGUUAUCACCCACUGAGUUCCUUGUUCCCUAGUCAAAUGCUGAGCACCUAAAAGGGUACUGACACAAAAAUUUUCUAUCCCGCUUUUUUGUUUUAUCAGACAGCUAUCGACCCUGUCACGACACUGUCGUGCCAGAAUUCCUUGAGCCCGCAAAAGAUCGCCAAUUAUAUCCUAUUUUAAGGCGACCAUUUCAAUAUGUGCAACAAAUGGAGUAUGGCUUUUUGGUGUAGGGUUUGUUUACAAGUCGUUUCUGCAUGCCACGAAAAAUAGAGGUGACGGUCACGAACGGCUGAUGCACUUAGUGACCGUGUCUCACAUAAGUCAUUCCCCGCUCUUUCACUUCUCUGCAAUUAAGGAACUUGGUUUGCUACUGGCGCUUUUGUUCUUUCUUCAUUCCUAUGCCCCCUGCUGUCUAAAGCAAGGCGAUCACAAUGCGGCUUUGACCACUGCACCGGCCGAUGCGCCUGUGAUACCACAUGAGCCCAUGCUCAAAUUUUCGUGACACUCGGAGAUAGAUGACUUGUAAACAAACCCUACGCCAAGAACUUAGGCACGCUUUUUGAGUUUGUCUCAUUGGAGGAUGUUGUAGUUGAUGAUUUGUUGCACAUUCGAGGAAUUGAGGUGUCGUACUGUAGUUGAGUCUUGCGGCUAACCUAGAAAAAGAAAGCGAGACAAGAAUUUUGUGUCAGUUCUUUAAAUGUUUCAGGGAGGUCUGGCACUCGUCAAUUUUCAAUGUUGACUUGCAAGGAUCAUUCUAAAAUCAAAUCUUAUAGAGGUGGUGGUGUUAUAUAUGGAGGGCAUUGAGAUGGAAAUUGUGUGGGCUGAUGCUGGCUGGCACUGGUAACAUUGACGGGAUGUCAGGGUAUGUCACUGCAUGGUGUCAUUGCCCUCAUACGGUGACCAGUGAUGUUCUUUGGCUUUACUCCAAUGAAUCUCAUUUUUCUUGCCUGCAAAGAUAACCUGCAAUUCCUUCUUGUGCUCCAUGGUUUCGGUAGCAAUCUUUGUUCUGACCUAAAACUGGCAGCUGAUGUGUUAUGGGGUUAGUAGACAAGGCUGUGCUACCAGCAGACGUCAAAGUGCGUUGCUCUGCUUCGACAGCAUCCAGUAGCAACCUGUGUGGUCUGCUUCACAACCAGGAUGUUUUAAAGUGUAAGAUGCCUGUCUUGUGUUUUUGUGUUUGUGUUGUUUUACUUUGUGGCUUCUAUCGGUAAAUUUAUGAUCCAUUUGCUUCAUACAGGUUUGAUGAGUGUGGUUUACAGUCUGUUAUGCGUUAGCUUUCAAGAAAAUAACUUUUUUGCUCUGAUACCGUCUUAUUAAUUAAUAUUUGCUGUGUAACUGUGCAAAAGAUUGUAUUCUGAGAGAGAGGGAAAAAAACUUCGCUGCAGCCUUAAUUGUUUCUGAACUGAUACUGCAUCUGUACUUGAAGCUACAAGGCAACUGAAUUACUUGAUAUUCUUGAAACCACGCUCAACACUGAGCAGACAUGUUGUCAAGCAGGGACACACAGCUAUGGGGGACGCGUUGCAUGAUCAUGCUUCCGAUUGACUAAUGCCAAGUUUAUGUAGCUUCUAUGGCAGUGCAAGAAGUGAUUUUUUUUUUCUUGAUCGUGCCACUAUAAUUCAGUUCUGUACUUCCAACAAAGCCUUCUCCUGUGUUCACCAGUGUAGUCUUCUGUAUAGAAAUCCUCAUACAUGGGCCAUGACUUUUUCUCAAGUUACCCGCUAAUUGUAAGUCUUAACGUCAUAACCGACUUUCAAGAGGCGUACUUUCAUUACUUGUGGUGCUUUGUUCAUGGUGAGGUGCAUCAUCGAAAUUUGUUAAUCUUUUAUGCGUUUUAACCUCCCAUCUUGGAUUUCUCUAGUCUUAAUCUUGCCGCAGGUAGUUCGCUCACCUUUUUUUACUCAGUAUUAAGAUGUUUGUUCACACUGGGAAACUGCCAGGGACUUUGGCUUCUUCAACUCUGCCAGAGUUUCAAGACGUCUCAUGAUCCCCUUUCUAGAGCUGUGAUAUACUCGCACCAGGCUUCUGCGAGCCUUAAAAAAAUGUUGGAUGCUUGUGUGCACUGUCAGCAGCUUUUGAUGAAAUCGCAGCAGCAUGGUUGUUUGCAAGCUUCUUACCUGGGGAGAUGGGACAGCUUGGAUGUCUGUGUUUUUUUCUUCCUUUUUAAGAAUGAGUUUGACUUUGAAGCUGUGUAGCUCUUGUGCAAUAACGUUGCUCAGAUAGUUUGCAUUCUCUCGUUUCUUAUGGUGUACUAAACGUUUGCUAGUCAUGCUAUUGUGCAGGUUAAUGUUGAUCUUUGUGUGUUCCUCAAUUUUGUUCUGUAACUCUCUCAGUGGCAUCGGCUCACGAGUUGUUAUAGCUUGGAACAGGUGUGUCUGGUCAGGGCUCUUUUUCUUUUAAAGUUCUGUUGGGCGAUUUUCAGCAGUGUUGGCCUGCCUACUUUAUGUUGGUCACUUUGUGCAGUUUGAAACUGCAGAAAAAUUGAGGUCAGAAAACUGCCCGUCAUUGUGAACAUGCAUUGAUGGAUCCCAUGUGCAAGAAGUCCUGGUUACAAUUGGUAAAUUGUAGUUGACUGCUGAUAAUAAAUCGAGCUGACAGUGCUUCAUUUCAGCAUGAAAGAAAAUUAAGCUAGGCCAGUUAUAUUGAAUGUUUCUACUUGAAAAUUGACUGGCGCUACAUCAUCUUGGCGGGAGCUGGUUGAUUUAUUUUCAAAUUUAGUUACGCAUGUAAACUUGAAGCACAAAGGAAAAAUGGUGGUGACAGGAUAGACAAGCACUUCAAGUUUACCAAUUAUGGAAUACCAAAUAGCCUUGCCUAAAUUAAGCUGGCACGGCGUACAACUGCUCUGUGGGCACUGUUUGUUGUUAAAGUGUAGCACCCACUCUGUGCAGGCCUUUGGCUCAAAACAGGCACAAAGAGCUGUCUGGCACUGUGCUACGUAAAGGACAUUGCAGGUUUUUGAACUGCAUAAAAAUAAGUGCGAGCCUUUGGGUCAGUCAUCUCCGCAACUAAUUGAGACCUUGACCUAAAACAAGGAGGAUAGACCUCAUAAGCAAGGUUUUACAGGGACAGUCCAACAUUCUAUAUUGAUUCUGUGUUAUUCCUUAUGGAGCAUUCCACUGGUGCUAGCCCCUCCCAAGCAUGGAGCUAGAUGAAACCUGCCCGAGCCAAAUGUUCAGCUGCUUGCAGAGCGGCACUCUGUCAGAGCUCAAAGGUCAGCCACUCUUGUUUCACACUUAGCAGGCAAUGCUGUGGAAGCUGCACGAGUUCCGUCUCACUCAUCCGUACAAGUCGCAGUGCAGUUUUUUGACCUGUGGCACUACAGAGUAACUACUUCCUGCAUCUCAGCUACAGGUGGUGGAUGUAAGGUUAUGUAAAACAUUUUCUUUUGGGCACCAUAGGGUGCUAUUUAGGUGCACGUUAAAGAACCCCAGGUGGUCGAAGUUUUCGGAGUCCUCCACUACGGCGUGCCUCAUAAUCAAAGAGUGGUUUUGGCACGUAAAACCCCAUAAUUUUAUUUCUUUUAACCAUAGGGUGCUGCUUCCAGUAUGCGAUGUAUUAUGUUUUGGUUGUGAGCGCAAGCAUUGCUCUAUGGGCACAGAUCGAAGAAACGUCUAACGCCACUUGUUCGUUGGCAAAUAGGUUCAGAUCUGCGACACCAUCCACGUGCCAAUAAAGUCGUAUCUUGCAACAUGAAAGUGUGAGUCUACAUGAUGGUAACUGAGCACUCGAUGCCUUUCUUUCAUAUGUGACUCACUAUGUCAGUUGUGAAUGCAAGCAGUGAGAGAGCCUGCUGUGUAUGAAAUGGAGUACAGUUGCCAACCAAUAAUUCAGACUCAACGGGGACCGCCUAGAAAGUCAGAAUGAACAGGAGUCCAAAAUGCUGGUUUCACCAAACAAUAAGUGAUCUUAUUUUAAAAGUGGCCAAUAAAUGUGUACCAUAUUCUCGGAUCAUCACUUUUGUGGAUACCUUCGAUUUCGCGGGACUAAAGCAAAGCGCACGGCAACGAGCGACGGAAUUCUUGGCACAGUACCAAUCGUGCUGUCUCAUCACAGCGUGGAAAUGCUGCGACCCUCUCAAUGUGUUUGGUGCUAGUCGCGCGAAAUGUUGUGGAAGUAAAAACUAUCCGAGAAAGUUAUCAUCCAAGAAUAUGGCCCAAGUUUGUCAACACGUUGCUGCACGUAUAUAUACUUGCCUUUACCCUAGACAUUCCAUAUUUGCAAUUUUCUAGCCAUGCCAUUUCACGCUUUUUGCACUUCGUCAAUGACCAGAGUGACGCUCACCAACAGGAUCAACCGGCCGUGAAUGAUGGAUGAUAAGAGUGGCAUACAAUCAAGCAGAAGGCAUCACUACAAUAUCGCAGCCCGUAUAUUGUCAUGCUGUCGCUACAGAUAGACAAAAUGCAGUCAAUGCACAUACUGGAUUAUCAUCGGCGACUACUUGAUCAACUGGGCUUCACUAGUUUUGGUUUCGAGAAAGCACUGGUGACAUAUCAAAUUGAAAAUAUGGCUAUUUCUGCUCUACUGGGUGACCAAUUUAGCACGCGGUUGUGCAGUUGGAGUCCAAGUUAUCGGAUAGCGCACUGUAAAGGGUCUGAAUUCUUAAGCUUAUGGGGCAUAUGGCUGUGCCACAGAGUUGCCCAAAUUAUCGGUCAACAACUAUUUAGCACUAUGAGCUGUAGUGUGGUGCUCCAAAGGGAGCCAGGCAAUUGUGUUCCAAGCACUUGUCCAGCCAAAUAUAAAGCGAACCACAAGAGUGCUCUAAGGUGCUUGAAACAGGGCUGGGCUAAUGUGCCACUCCUCUAAGGCUUUUAAAUGACUUGAGAGUUUUUAAACCUUUCAGUGUCAGGUUUUCUUGGCGGUGACGCACCUCCAGUGUCAUAUUUUUUUCUUGGAUACUCUAAACCCUAACACAUCAUUUUUUUAAUGCAGAAGUGCAAAAAUGACAUGGAUAAUGGCAAAUUCUCUCUUGGUAUGGCCCUGGCAUACCUAUCUGGCGUCAAAAAAAUGAGAAUGUACUGGUACAUCAGUGACACUGAAAGGGUUACUUUAGUGCCGCCGAGGUAUGUUAUGCUUGAGAAUGCAUUUUGUAUGUGACUUUCACUGUUAGAUGAAAUAUGACAGUUGCUGUAUUUUGGUUUCAUGUGUGAGCUUGUUCAUUUUGGUCAUCCUCAGCCAUUUGCAUUGCAAAACUAUUUGUGGAUGUUGCCUUAUGAGUGCUCUGCAUAAUCUCAAUGCGUUAUUGCACUCGGCCGCUUACACACAUGAAAGAAAAGCUGUACUGAAUGAUACUCCAAAUUUGUGAUGACGGCGACAUCGCCCUUGCAACCCCGAAAUUCUGCAGUCUUCCUGCUCUUGACCCUGGCACACACCGACGUCCCGCUGAUGGGCAACGAGGCGGCACACGCCGCGCCUCGAGGUCUCGCACGCCGAGCGCCGCAGCAGAUGGUGUGGCCGCCACCUCCACUCCCGAGAGCAGGUUGUCAGAUCUGCUGGAUCGGGACACUAUGACAAAAAUCCAGCAAUAAAAAGAAUCACUGUAGGCAUGGGGCGAUCGCCUGACCAUGUUCAGAGACCUCGCCCAAUACUACAGACUUGAAAGACACAUUUCCACCACUGUACGAUAAAUGAAACAGGGACGAGGCCGUAACCUUACGCUUACUGCAAAGACACAUCUACCCUAGCCUGGCCAUCUUGCACCACUGUUACCCAGGAUUAUACCCGAUUGAUGCAUGUAAAGCUUGCGGACAGAGAGCAACACUGUGACACAUGCACUGGGAAUGUGCCGGCAACAACGGUACUGAAACCGCCUCUGUUCGCGACGCGUCCGUAACCGCGGCCAUUAACAGUACACAGGAAGCCUCGAGCUCGCUCCUUCCCGACGACGCCCCGGCUGCAGGGACCGUCGGGGACUUUCUCCGUCGGCGCCGCUGGGAGGCGGCUCUCAAAAGUUUGGAGCUGUAAGCUCUGGGCCGUCCGGCAAGCUGAAGAUGCCGCCCCGGUCCAUGACUUCCGGUCGCCACCUGAGGCCACCACAACCAAAACUGCCGGACCAUUCUUUUUAAUAAAGUUUAUUCUGUACUGAAUGAUAGGAAGUUGUUCUAAAUGCACAGUGUCGACAAGGGACAUGCAGCUUUUACUUGUACUACUACUACUACUAUAGCCUCGUGUCUUGCAGAUGCAUUUGUUCUUUCUUUUUUAAUGAAUUUAUUCACUGCUGCUAUUUGCAGGUAAAUGCAUCAAUCAUGUGUCGGACACUUCCUUGUUUGCGGCUGCUUUCUGUUUUCUUUUUUUCUCUCGUAAUCGCAUUUACCCUGACACACGUUGACUCUCAUUUUCCUGUGGUCUUCACAUUGUGUGUAGUCUCUUCUGAAACGAUAGCACAGUAUUUCUAUCACUUGACAAAUAAACGUAUUGAAGGCAAAA